AUGCUUGUUCAUGGUAUCACCAACAAACAUGAUGUCCCAUCGAGGCCGGCAACCGACGCGACGACGAGUACUUCUUCCCAGGCAGCUACAUCAGGCUUCCCACCUGGGACCUCAACCCCUUUACCAGCACCGGGCUCAGCGCACCGCCAACAGGGGCGUUCUCAAUCUUUCUCUACGAUUGGCGGGGAACCGGAUCAUAAGGUCAAUUUGAGCUAUCUCGAAUCUCCCGUAGAUUCAACGUCCAAUGUCGCCGACAAUUCCACUUUUCCACUAGAGAAUCUCCCAGCUGCCGACGACGAUUUUGAAUGGGAUGAGCGGGAAUCUUCUUGGAAUAUUGCGGAUCCUCGUACAGGGAACUCAGCUUUUGGAGGUGAUAUCGACGCUGAAAUCCCUAAGAUCACGGACGGUAUGGCCACAUUGACUGCUGAUGACUCAAAUGCUGGCUUCCUGGGAUCAGUCUCAGGUUCUGCUCUUCUGCGGCUCAUAUGGAUGAGCACAGGCGCCGAGGAUAAGGCCGAUGGCAAAAGCGAACGGCGUGAAAGCCUAGAGCAACUCUUCAGCCAUCGCUCGAACGAUUAUCCGGCGACGACUACGCCGUGGCUCCGGGCGCAACCUCUGCUCACUCGAGCGGUGGUCGACACUCUCAUCGACGCCUACUUCGCGCUUUACCACCCGACCUUCCCCAUCCUCCACGAAGUUUCAUUCCGGGAACAGUAUGCGAAGCUCAAUAGCCGUACUAACGGGAGCACAUGGCACACCCUGGCUAACCUCGUUGCGGCUCUCGGGUCCUUCGUGUCGAGUACCUGCUCCGACGAUACGCACGUCACUCUUUUCAACGGCGUGAAGGCGAACUUGUCUACUAAUUCCUUGGAGACUGGGAGUCUCAGUCUUGUCCAGGCGUUUGCGAUGGCCGCAAACUACCUGCAAAAGAGAAACAGACCAAACAGUGGCUACAACUACGGGGGCAUUGCGCUACGGCUCGCAAUAUCGCUAGGCCUCCACAAGGAGUUUCGGGGAUGGCAGACUGCCCCAUUCCGAAAGGAGAUACGGAGGAGGAUCUGGUGGUCGCUUUGUGUGCUGGACGUCGGUGCAACUGUGACGUACGGCAGGCCUUUGAACUGGCCUCAGGUAGGAGUCGACAUCCCAUUUCCGCUGAAUAUACAUGAAAAGGACCUUCAAAUGGACUCGCCGUCAUACCCAUCCGAAGUCAAUGAGACCACAAUCUACACCUAUGUUCGGACUCAGUCAUCCUAUCAUCUCCACACCAUCAGAAUCUACAACCGCCUCAUCUCCAAUCCCAUCCCGUCUGCCGCAGAGUUGAUCUCCCUCGAUGACGAGCUGAUUGAAGGCUGGCUCAGCAGCCUUCCACCAUACUACCGGGAUGAUGAUUUACCACUUCCUAAUCAAUAUCUCCUUGGCCAUGCAAUCAGCCGGUGGCGCUUUCGAAUCAUGCGCAUCAUCAUGUAUCGCCCGUUUUUGAUUCGAUGGGCACAGGACAGCUUGGACGUCGCUACCGCAACUCCUAUCUCACCGUCGCAGGGUGCAUCCGCUGAAACAAUUGCUACCAAGCGAUGCUUCAAGGCUGCCGAGGAAUGCAUUUCGGCCAUCUUUCAGUUUUGGUCUUCCGGAACUCACACCAGGCUCGCGGCUUGGUACGUCUUAUAUUUCCUUCUUCAGGCCGCUUUGAUACCAAUCCACUGUCUGCGACGCAAUCCGAGCCACCCAGACGCCAGCUCAUGGAGGAAUCAAGUCCUGACAGCCCUGAGCAUAAUCGACGCAAUGAAUGAUCUGAAUCCAAGCGCCCCGAAGUGUCGAGAUAUCAUUUACCGACUUUGUGGCGAGAAUCUCAGCUCCAAACCUCGAACUCAAUCACAACAACCCCGCCCACAGUCCCACAUGCAGAGCCAGCAAGACACGACCAGCUCGUGGACGGCCUUUUCCAACACCGAUGCCAACUUCAGCACCCAUUUCUUUCCCUUCUCGAGUUCUGAUUCAACUGACACAGGUAUGAAUCCCUGGAUGACCGAGAUCGACACGGCCAUCGACGGAUACGAUAUUUACUGCGACCGUCUGAGCCACGCGGCUAUGGCCGGGAUGGGCCGCCUCAGCAGCGCUGGUGAAGCCGGACCACCAGGCGGUUUUGCGAGUAAUGACGGGACACAAAUUGGAACAGGGGUGCAGGACUGGGAUUGGGGCUUGAUGCUGUAG